CGACGACGACUUGCAGACAACUUUCGCGCGAUGUGGUGGCUCGCCUCUCGCUCGACUCUUGGGGCAGCGCACCGACACUAUAUACAACUAUAACACGAGUGCGAGCAGAGGCAACAGCAGCAGACACGCCGCGGCGCGCGCGAAUCAACAGUCAUUCGCGGAAUCGCUAGCGAUCAACGGCAGCGAACGCACUCGCUCGUGUUAUAUAGUUGUGUAUACCUACGGCAGCGCCGAUUAUUGCCAAUUGUCCCGUUUCCAAAGAAUAUAUAUCUGCGCUUCUGCUGUGGCGUCUGCCGCGCGCAUCGCAUACCUUUACUUGUACUCGCGGCGAUCGAGCACGCCGAGGGACAACAAAAAACAUCAGCUGAUGCUUAUCUUGUUUUCAUCUCUCCUUGGUGCUGUCUUGUCUUAUAGGUUGUUAUCUUUACAAUUAAGGUAGCGUCGCGCAGUGCGCCGAGUGUAAUUACAAUUUAAUAAAAUGGAUGAAACACUGAAGAGUUCAGAGCAGAGUAAUGGCUCUACUCAUAAUAUAACAGAGCAGUUCAUGUUGAGUGUAAUGUCUCAGGAUUCUGAGUUUGAUGAUGGUUUGGAAGUACCGGAUUCAUUGGAUUUCACAAUUGAUGAAAAUGGACUUAAAGUUCAAUCACCUGUGGAAGAAUCAGCACAAAGUGAAGAUGAGAGUACUCCACAUGAGGAACAGAAAAUGAAACCAUUUUCAAGUAUUCAUACUCCACCAUCCAAGUUCCCAAAGCAACAUAAGAAUAUUUUCAUACCGGGUCAAGAAAUAUAUGCUAAAGUAGUUGACAUAGAGCGUAGCGUUACUACACAUCCAUUAAAUCCAAACUUGUAUACAAUUGAAUUCACUCAUGGUGCUUUUACAUGGUCAGUGAAAAAAAGAUACAAACACAUACAAUAUUUACACAACCAAUUAAAAAUCUAUAGAGCAAGCUUAAACAUUCCAUUUCCAACAAAAAAACAUAGAGAAAUGAGAUCAAGUUUCAAAAAUAUGCCACAUAAAGAAGCUGAUACAAAUAAAAGAAAACGAGGUGCCUUGCCUAGGUUUCCAAAUAGACCUGAAGUAUUGAUUCCUCAUGAAUAUUUAGGACAAAGAAUGACUGCAAUUGGCAACUAUCUAGAUGCAUUAUUAAAGAUUGACAUUUACAAAAAACAUCCAGAGACUGUACACUUUUUGGAGAUUUCUAAUCUUUCAUUCGUCAAUGAAUUAGGUGAUCAUGGAAAAGAAGCUCUUGUUUUGAAGCGUACUGGCUCAGUAGCCAAAACUGGAUGUAAUAUUUUUGGUUUGCUGCAAAGCUACUGUUGUAUAAGAUGUAAUUAUUUUUGUUUUGGAUUGUGUGCUAAAUGGCACAAGCGUCAUUUAGUUGCAAAAGAUACUUUCCUUGCCUACAUAAGUCCCAAUAGUGGAAAAAUUAAAUCUGUUGUUCUCAUGGAUAACAUGUUUGAAGUUAGCUCUGGAUUGUAUUCUACGGGUAUCAGAAAUGGUUUACAAAUAAUAAAUUCUAGUCGUCAGAUAGUCAUUAAAUGCUGGACAAGGAGAAAAGCCAAAGAGUGGUUGGAGCAUAUUCAGAAAAUCUGUCAAAAUGAAGGUAGAGCAUUUAUACAAGCAAAUCCACAUAAAUCCUUUGUUCCGUAUAGAUGUCCCAUAACGGCCAGCUGGUUUAUCGAUGGCUCGGACUACAUGUCAGCCAUCGCCGACGCCAUGGAAAACGCCACCGAAGAAAUAUUUAUAGCCGACUGGUGGUUGUCGCCCGAGAUAUACCUUAAAAGACCAGCGCAAGGCGACGACUACUGGCGAUUAGAUAAAAUACUCGAGCGCAAAGCGGCCGCAGGGGUCAAGGUAUUCAUUAUGAUCUAUAAAGAGGUAGAAUUAGCAUUGGGAAUCAACAGUUUCUACAGCAAGCAACGUCUCGUGGAAAAGAACCCAGAAAAUAUCAAAGUAUUUAGGCAUCCAGAUCACGCGAGAGUUGGUGUAUUUCUGUGGGCUCAUCACGAAAAAAUCGUAGUCGUCGAUCAGAGCUUCGCCUUUCUCGGAGGUAUCGAUCUUUGUUACGGCCGUUGGGACUGUAACGAGCAUUGGCUCACGGAUAUAGGAGCGUCGCAAAUGUCAUCGAUUUACAUACCGUCGAGGGGGAAAAUAAUAACUACGAGUAGCAAACCAGUCAACAAGUACGAUUCCUCGCAAAAUCACGUUCUUUUGCCUCUAGCUAUCGCGACUAAUACCGUGGCAAUGGCUACUACCAAAUGUCUUCCUAUAUUACCAAUGGUUACCAAGAAACAUUCCAAGAGAAAAGCUCAGAAUAAGCCAGUGGAUGAGCAAGACCCGCUCGUCGACUUGGAAAAUGUGAAAUGUGAUACUCCUACCAGCCAAAGAAAAAAACUCUUCGAUGUGGCGAAGACAACGGUAGACCGCGUAAGGCAAAACGUCAGAAUGAAGAGGCGCGAAUUGAUCAAUAUGGUGUAUAAUCCUCAAGAGCAAAGUAGCGACGAAGAAGACGAGGAGAGGAACGAGGAAGAGGAGAAAGAAAAGCAGAAGGAUUACGAUACGAUUGACAGUGCGAAAUCUCCCUUGGAACGAACCGAGAGUAGAGGCGAAUACGAAAUGGGAGGCGGUGCCAAGCUGUGGAUCGGCAAGGACUACACCAAUUUCAUCGUCAAAGAUUUCAAUAAUCUCGAGAGUCCGUAUCAAGAUUUGGUCGAUCGCAGUACCACACCAAGAAUGCCUUGGCACGAUAUGGGUGUGAUGGUCCAGGGGGCUUGCGCUCGAGACGUAUCCAGGCACUUCAUCCAGAGAUGGAACGCCAUCAAGCUCGAGAAAGCCAAACAAACUUCCUUCUACCCGUUCCUGCUGCCAAAGUCGUACAAAAACUGUCAAAACGUCCAACCUCCCGUGAAUUUCGGCAACACGUACAGCAACCUCGACUGCCAAGUGCUGCGCUCCGUGAGCUCGUGGUCGGCCGGUUUUCUCGAGGCCGACACCGUCGAGCAGAGCAUCCACGAGGCCUACAUCCACGCGAUCGCCAACGCCGAGCGCUACAUCUACAUCGAGAAUCAGUUCUUCAUCACGCUCUCGAGCAUGGACAAUGGCUCGGUGAAGAAUCGCAUCGGCGAGACCCUGAUGAAGCGAAUUCUGCGCGCGCAUCGCGAGGGCACCGUUUUCCGAGUCUUCGUUGUCAUGCCACUGCUGCCGGGCUUCGAGGGCGAGGUCGGCGGUCCGUCGGGCUCGGCCUUGCGCGCCAUAACUCACUGGAAUUACGCUUCCAUAUCGAGGGGGAGGGACGCGAUACUGAAUCAAUUGAUCGAUGCCGGCAUCGAGAACCCUCACGAGUACAUAACGUUUCACGGAUUGCGCACUCACUCGGUGCUCAAUGGCACGCUGGUCACCGAGCUGAUUUACGUGCACAGCAAGCUGAUGAUCGUCGACGAUAAAACCGUCAUCUGCGGCUCGGCCAAUAUCAACGAUAGAAGCAUGAUCGCCACCAGAGACAGCGAGAUCGCUGUUAUAAUUCACGACACCGAAUUCGAUGACGGUCGAAUGAACGACAUACCAUACCCAUGCGGCAAGUUCGCUGGCUCCCUGAGAAAGCAAUUGUUUCGAGAACAUUUGGGACUCAUAUGGACGGGUGAAAAUAUCAGGCUAAAGGACAUUUUGAAGAAGUCGUUCUAUCACGAUGUUUGGCGUGCGAGAAGCAGUCGGAAUACUCAAAUAUUUGAGGAUGUAUUUAAUUGCAUCCCAACGAACAAAGUAGUUAAUUUUCAGAUGCUGAAGGAAUAUCAGAACGAAAAACCGUUGAGCGUUCGAGAUCCUAUAGCAGCUCAACAGGAAGUUCAGCACAUCAAGGGACAUCUUGUCGACUUGCCACUGGAUUUCUUAUGCAAUGAGACAUUAAAACCAGCUGCCAAUACUGUCGAAGGCAUGAUGCCAACUUCUCUGUGGGUUUGAACAGUAUUAAUAAUUUUAUGAUAACGAUAAGUGUAUUAUUUAAAAGUUAGCUCUGAAAUCAUUGAUUUCCUAAACUCAUUUUAUAAAUAUUAUUUUUUAUGAGUGUUCGUUCAUAGUUACUCUGUUCAGGAAAUUUUUUAUGCAUUUAACAUUUUGUAUAAAAUAUGAAUGUAAAUGAUGAAUUAAUUGUUAGUAAAUGACGUGGAAAAGAUUUUCAUAAAACAAUUUUUAAGAAUAAAUUAUUCAUAAUAUAGUUCGAUGAAGUUACAUACAUGUCGAUGACAUCGUCCGAUAAAGCACAGUUAAAAAUUGCUUAUGAUAAAAAGCCAUUAUUAAUUUUUGGAAUGUUUUGUUACGAUAAUUUUAUUUUUACAUGAAUUUUCGAACGAUUUAAACGUAUGUUAUCAUCUGAGAUGUUGAAAACACUAUUGUUGUUAAUACUUAAAUUGACAUUAUAUUACAUAUCCACGCAUUUUCAUGAUGAAUUGGUAUGGAUAAGAAAACUUUGGUUUUAUAAUGUAAUAUUUUAUUAUCUAAGUAAAAAAGCUCUCUUACAAAUAUCUAUUAACUUUUUAUAUUGAAAUGAAUGUAUAUUGAAAGUACAUACUUAGUAGGCAAGGCGCUAGCGCGUCUUUUGACCAAAUUGAUAUUUUAAAAAAAUAAAGCGUGAAUAUUUUUGAUAUCAU